UGGGAAGGGACUCGUACGACCCUUCAGAGCCAUGGAGGGAUAGUAUGCCCUCCAGUUUUUACACGUGUGGAGGUUCUUUCUCCGUCUUCAGUCCUAGAGGAAGCUGGGCUUAAGCACGGUGGCAAGAGAGUCACAUUUCCUUCAGAUGAGGACAUUGUCUCUGGAUCUGUUGAGCCCAAGGACCCUUGGAGACAUGCCCAGAAUGUGACAGUGGAGGAGAUUCUGAAUGCCUACAAACAAGCCUGUCAGAAGCUUAACUGCAAACCCAUCCCCAAAGUGCUGCAGCAGAUUCAGGACUUGACAGAGCUGACACAGAGAAAUGAGUGCUUGGAUCUUAAAGGAGAGAAGUUGGACUACAAGGCAUGCGAGUCUCUGGAGGAGAUCUUUAAACGUGUACAGUUCAAAGUGGUAAACCUGGAGCAGACCAACCUGGACGAGGACGGAGCAUCAGCGUUGUUCGAUAUGAUCGAAUACUACGAGUCAGCCACUCACCUCAACAUCUCGUUCAACAAGCACAUUGGCUCUCGCGGCUGGCAGGCAGCCGCCCACAUGAUGAGGAAGACUAGCUCACUGCAGUAUCUGGAUGCGCGGAACACCCCUCUGCUGGACCACUCUGCUCCGUUUGUGGCUCGAGCUCUCCGCAUCAGUGGCAGCCUGGCCGUGCUGCACCUGGAGAACGCCGGCCUAUCGGGGAGGCCCCUCAUGCUCCUGGCAACAGCACUGAAGAUGAACAUGAACCUGCGUGAGCUGUACCUGGCUGACAAUAAACUGAACGGCCUGCAGGACUCGGCCCAGCUGGGCAACCUGCUGAAAUUCAACUACAACAUCCAGAUCCUCGACCUGAGGAACAACCACAUGCUGGACUCAGGGUUGGCAUACGUGUGUGAGGGCCUGAAGGAGCAGAGGAAAGGUCUGGUGACGCUUGUGCUCUGGAACAACCAGCUCACACACAACGGCAUGAGUUACCUUGCUACGGCACUGCCUUGCACUCAGAGCUUGGAGACGCUGAACCUUGGCCACAAUGCGAUAGGCAACGAGGGUGUGCACAAGCUGAAGGACGGUCUGAUCUCCAACCGCUCGGUGCUGCGUCUGGGCCUGGCCUCCACCAAGCUCUCCUGCGAAGGGGCCGUGGCCGUGGCUGAGUUCGUCGCCGAGAGCCCGCGGCUUGUGCGGCUGGACCUGCGGGAGAACGAGAUCAAGACGGGCGGCCUCAUGGCCCUGUCCCUGGCCCUGAAGGUCAACUCCUCGCUGCUCCGCCUCGAUCUUGACAGGGAGCCCAAGAAAGAGACGGUGAAGAGUUUCAUCGAGACACAGCGUGCCCUAGCUGGCGGAGAUCAGAAUGGCUGCAAGCGGAACUUCAUCCUGGCCAAAGAGAAAGAGGAGUCCCAGCUGCAGGUGAGCCAGUCAGCCUCCAUGGCCGAAAUCGCCACUGAGGAGACGCCGGUGGAGGAGGAGAGCCCAGCCGCAGAGCCCGGAGAUGGAGAGAAGUCAGCCAGUGAGGGGGAUCAGGAGGAAGGUGAGAAACCCACCAAAAACCAGGAGGGGGAAAGUCAAGACACAGCCACGCAGGAGGAUUCCGAUUCGGAUACCGAGGAGGAGGACGAAGAUGGCCUCGAGGAGACGAAAAACGCCGCACAGGAAUCGCCCCCAAAUCAGAUUGCGCCCCCAGAUCAGACCGCACCGCCAAAUCAGACCCCUCCCAUGGUGUCUGCAGUAAACCCAGCCCUCGGUGCAUGUCAGUCCAGCCUGGCUCCGCCUUCCCCCACCCCUGGCCACACCCCUGCCUCCUCUGGGGUCUCAGCCAUGGAUUCGGGGCUUGGGACUACAGAGGCGAGUGUGCCCACUGUGCCCGCUGGAGCGCCACCCUCCCCUGGCCGCUGCAUCUCGGUGUCUAGCCCAGGUAGAGGCCACAAGAUCUUCAUGGUGACUCGCGUGGAGAGCCCGCCCGAAAAGCAGCAGCCGCUGAUGGAGCUGGCCAGGAGCCUCCAAGGGAGGGCGCCAGAGAUUGAAACUCCUAGGGCACCUGAGCCAGCGGAGCAAGCCACGCCUACACCAUCUCUACAGCAGCCCGAACAGAACUCCUCAGCGGCCAAGUGGAGUGUUGAGGCGGCCACCUCAGCUCCCAGGGCCGCAGAGCAACCUCUGCCGGCCCCGUCUGGGACCUCCCCGCAGCUGGGCCAGCAGGCAGAAGACUCACCUCAGCCUGGCGAAGAGCAGCAACCACCUGCCGCCUGCAGCGUGGAUGAGCAACACCAGAAGGCAGCAGAGGGCAAGGACACCGCACAAACACUGACGAGAGAUGAGGACGAGGGGGUGCACACCGGGCAUGCUCAGAGCCAGAAGUCUUCAGCACCAGCUGAUAAGGAAGGGCCCAUCAGCGACAGGGUGACGCCGCACAUGGAGGAGAACAGCUCUCUGUUUGAACAACCACCACAGGGCGCCGUUGCCGAUAAUCUACUUGAUGAGCUAUCGAUGAGCACAGGUAAUGACCUGCAGACCCAGAAAGCGCUCUUGUGUUCGGAACAGCGGUUAGUAACAGGUAGUGACCUGCAAAUGGGGCAUGACGGUUGCAAACUUGAGCAAGUAAGGGUGUUGGGCAAGCCACACGGAGAGCUGAUGCAGAGAGACGCAUACCAGGCCCGUGAGCUUGCCCAAGAACAGAUCGCCAAGCGUGAGAGCAGCAGCCAGCAGCAGCCUGCCUCAGAGCCCACUGCAGUGGCUGUCCACCACCGCCCCCCGGUGCAGCAGGAUGGCAUCGCAUCCACAGGGGCAGAGGAUCCAGCCGAGCGUCCCGACGAGAGCUCCGUGGCGGAGACCGAGGGCGUUGGCGUGGAGAGGGCCGUCCUACCCAACGGCCUGAAGCCCGAGUUCGCUUUCCAUCUGCUGGAGCCGGAGGGGACCAAGACGGCCUGCUGCAUCAUGGAGCACAUGAGUGUGACUGCCGAACUCAGUUGCGGCCAGGAUCUGGAAGAGCUCCUCCUAGAGGCCAGCUUGGAUACAAGCAGAGAUGCACCUUAGUGCUGUAGCUACGGCUCCACCCAUGUUGAGAGGCUCGGUCCAAUCGGUGUGCACCACUGGGCCUUAGAGGUUUCUCCCAUCCUCCCUCUGCUAUGUUAUGGUCCCUUCCCUCCAAGGCAAACACUAAGAGACCAUUGAAAAGUGAAUAUUCAGAAGACAGAAACAAACAGCGUAUCUUAUCAUCGUAUGCUCCUCGAGACAUCGUUGCACAAUGUUCACUACAUUGGAGAGCAGUGAAACAAAAAUAUUUAAGGUUUUUGUUUUUUUUUCUUAAUGACCCUGAUUAUCUGAAGAAAGGAUAAUUUCAUGCUGUCCUUUCAUUUGUCACACUACAUUCCCCGUGAUAAUGGAAUUAAGUGCAGAAGGGAGCCAGACAGAAACCAAAGACAUGCACCGGGUAACAGCCGUUCCUCUAUGUUGAGCUGUAGACUAAGGCACGCCUCUCUCUGGCGCCCCCAAGUGGACUCCAAAAGUUACUGUAGCAGAAAGAUGGACCCCUCCUUUUUGGAAUGGUUGUGGAUUUAAAAAAGUGUAAAUGCGCUGGACAUUUGAGCCGGUAAACGUGUCACUCUCUGGCUGUUAAGACUCGGUGGGCGGGAGAGUGGGCACACAAUUUUUCUCUGUAAGUGUGUGUGAAGGUGUGUUUGUGUGUCACAUAUUGUUCUGUCUCAGAGAAAGGAAAAAAAACCCUGCCAAAGUGACACACAGUCCCUUCUUUAGUUUGUUCCUGAUGUGUGGGUCCUCCUCAGGAACUGUCCGUGUGGCUGGCAUGUUGUGUUUAUGAUCCCUUAGCCAUUCCUCAUUGGCCAAGACCCUGUGGCCAUUCUGGCCGAACCUCCUCAGUAAGGGGGGGGGGGGGAUCAG